AAGAAAUUAUGUUCAUUUUCGCCCCGAUGACUAUCGUUACAGUUCUCGCGGCAUGGGUCAUAUUCAAACUCGCCAUGCAGUUGGUUUUCUAUCCACAAUUCUUCACACGUUUGAAGCACAUACCAUCCCCGAAACAUCGGAGCUGGUUAACAGGUAAUUCAAAAUCUUUUGCAAUCGAAGUUCCUUAUGGAAUGAUUGAAAGAUGGAUCAAGAGUAUGCCCGAUGCGAGCAUGAUCCGUUACUAUAUUGUGGGGAAUUUUGAAUGGGUUCUUCUUACCAGCCCAGAAGCAAUAUAUGAAAUGCUUAUCAAAAGGGCUUAUGACUUUGAAAAACCUGAAUUGAUCCGACACGUGAUGCAACAUCUUGUUGGAGAUGGGAUUGUACUCGCCGAGGGAGGGCAACAUAAAGUGCAACGAAGAUCCCUUAAUCCGGCUUUCUCCAAGCGUCAUAUCGAAAACCUACAUGACAUGUUCUGGUCCAAGAGUUUGGAUAUGGUCGAUUUGAUGAAAAAUGAUCUUGCGACAAGAAUAAAAGGCGAUAACAUCAUUCAAAUAAGCCACUGGUCUAGUCGUGUAACUCUCGACAUCAUCGGUCAGGCUGCCAUGGGUAUUGAAUUUGAUUCUUUGAGAAGUCCCGAAAACGCGCUUUACCAAGCCUAUAGGAAGCUCAUGGCACCAUCAACAAGUGAAAAGGUGCUUUCUGCAAUUUGCAUAUUACUGCUACAUCCCAAAAUCAUCUACAAGUUCCCCACACGGCGUAACCAUGAAAUCAGGGCAGCUCAGAGGACAAUAAGUGAUGCUGCACGAAGGGUAAUUCAGCAGCGGAUGGCUGAAAAGGAAACAGACGAAAAGAAGAUCGAUAUCAUAUCUUUGGCCAUUAACAGCAAGGAAUUUACUGAGGAUGAGCUUGUUGACCAAGCAAUGACAUUUCUUUCAGCUGGGCAUGAAACAACCGCAGCAGCUUUGCAGUGGUCAGUAUAUGCUCUUUGCAAGUACCAAGACGUCCAAACGAAACUUCGUGAAGAAGUUCGCGCUUGUCUACCUGCCUCUUCAAUUAAAAGUUCCGAUUUCCGUUCACCUGCGAUCAGAACUCUCUCAUUUCUGAAUGCAUUCUGCGAUGAGGUCCUUCGCUACUACCCUCCAAUUCCCAAGACAAUUCGCACGGCCGUUCGUGAUACCUCGAUUACUGGACUUUCUAUCCCCAAGGGUACCAUGUUUGUCAUCAACCACAUGGAGGGCUUAUGGGGUCCCAACGCCAAAGUCUUUGAUCCAAACCGCUUUUUGAGCCCAACAGGGGAAUAUCAACGUCCAAAAUCCAACAACUACGCUUUAUUGACCUUUCUCCACGGACCUCGCAACUGUAUAGCCCAGGAAUUCGCGAAAGCAGAGCUUUGCUUUUUGAUCUGUUCCCUUGUCGCGAAUUUUCAUAUGGAGCUGCAAUCUCCUGACGAGGAUAUACUGGUCGAUGAGGACGUCACUAUGAGGCCGAGGGAUGGCGUAUUCGCUAGAUUCGCCAUUUUAAAGAGGUCUUGA